AUGGCUCCCAAGUCCAUCAUCAGUCUCCUUGCUCUCCUCCCUGCCACGGCUGUCUUAGCCUUGAACCCCAGCUGUGCUCCUGGAGGCAACUUCAACCUCAGCGUCUGGAGCCUUCAGCUCCCGACUGGUAGCGGUGAUAGCGUUGACACCAUCAAGAGCAAAGACCUCCAAGGUUGCAGUGGCUAUACCGGUCCCACAUUCUUCACGGACAAGUCCAAUGGCGAGCUCAUUCUGACGGCACCGGGCAACCCAGAUAUCACUGGCUGUUCUCACACCUCUGGUAGCGAGCAUUGCCGGACUGAGUUGCGUGAAGUCGACCCCAAGAGUGGGAAAAACACGGAUUGGCCUCCUACUGGCACCAACACGCUUACCGUGCAAAUGAAGGUCGUCAAGGCAGACGAUGGCUCUCACGGCACUGCCAUCGGCCAGGUCUUUGCGGCCGCAGCCAGCAAGCCGCUCGCGGAGAUGUACUACAGCACCAAAGGUGACAUUGUCGUUGGUGUCAAGGAGAGUCCGGAUGACAAUCAGAUCGUCACUAAGCUCGGUAACGUGCCUGUGGGAACGUACUUCACUUAUGUGAUGUCGUAUUCCGACGACGUUCUGAGCAUCUCCAUCAACGGAAAGAAGACGACGCUUAGCACCUAUGAUUGGGAUUCCCCCAACUGCUACUUCAAGAGUGGCAAUUACAACCAGGGCAAGACUGCCGUUACUUCUGAGGUGCACAUCCGGUCCAUUGACGUAGUGCACUCUUAA